AUUCUAAAUAAAAAAAAUCAAACAUUGUAUACACUUCUUAAUUAACACUCGAAAUCAACACUCUAUGUCAAUUCAUAAUAUUACAAAACUGUUUCUACAGUUCUCCAACGUAUAUCUGAAAUAUUUAUCAAUUUUAUAAUAUUCUGAAAUAUCUAAUACUGUGUUUGAUUAUGACGUAUUCAUUUGCCCAAGUUAAAUUCGAGAACCGACAUAAACGAACAGAUGUUCCUGCCACGUGACUAAAGGUCUUAUCAUGAAACUGACAAGGUGACAAUCUCUCCAGAAUUAUUGCGAACUCUGAAAAAUUCAAAAAAGUAAACUUAAAUUAAACUUAAUACGAAAAUGGAACCAGGAAUAUUGACGAGAGUUUUAUCUGACUUUUUAACAACUGUCGACGGAGAGUUAAGUUUACAGAAGGGGGAACAUUUUCUGGUAUAUAGUAUCGUAGACAAGCACUGGUGUUACGGAGAAUCCCGUGGCAGAACUGGAAAAUUUCCAUCAAAUCACUUGCAUAAAGUAGAAAUUCCAUCGUUUGAUGAUUCGGAAUGUUUGUUUGUAUCAACCACUGCCUUCCCAGGACAACAGGAUGGGGACCUAUCCUUCUCCAAAGGAGAAAUUAUUAUUGGGGUACAAGAUGUUGGCUCUGGAUGGUACUUAGGUCAAAUAGAUGCUAAAAAGGGUAUUUUUCCUUUAACGCAUGUAUGGCAACUCGAAACUAAAUUAUUAAAGAAAGCUUUGAAAAAGAAGACUACAAGAAAAAAAGCUAGAAUAAAGGCUAAUUUGAAAGCACAACUUGACGGAGAACUUGACUUAGUGGAAGGUGAAAUAGUGACUGUCACAGAAAUUCUUGGUGAUGGUUGGUGUUAUGGAACAACAGAGAAUGGUAAAGUGGGAAUGUUUCCAGAAGGGUUUAUAUCUUAUAUAAAUGACAGUACAGACCAAUUAGACACAAUGUCUGUAUCGGAGAAUAGUUCUUCUUGUAUAAAUUACAAUGAAAGGAUAUAUAGAAACAUUGAAGAAACACCUACGAGUUCCACUGUUGAAGAACCUGCGCCAAAUUAUUACGAUCUGUUUCCUGAAUUCAAACCGGUUCCUUCAAACGUGACAAGAGAUAGUAAAAAUAUCAGUAAUCUAAAUACACUAGACGUGAAACCUUAUGCUAUAACUUUAUAUCCAUUUAGUGCUCAGUUUCCAAAUGAGCUUAAUUUUGGAGCAGGAGAGGUAGUACACCUCAUUAAACAUGUAGAUUCAGAAUGGUUGGAAGGCACAAUAGACAAUCAAAAAGGCAUUUUUCCUAUGUCUUAUGUUGACAUUAUAGUUGAUUGCGAUGGAACAAAUAAUGAACAAAAUUCAUACAAUCAGGAAACAAACAGUGUACAAUAUGACGAAUUAAUGCCUGGAACUAGAACAAAAGUGGAGUAUACUUUUAGAGCUCAAAUGGACGGAGAUUUGACUGUUUUUGAAAAUGAUAUAGUUAAAGUAGUUAAUAUGGUAAAUUCAGAUUGGGUUAACGUUGAAAAUCAUUCUGGUAAAGUCGGCUUAUGUCCAAGAGGUUACUUGAGCCCAUUGGUUACAGAAUCAUCUGAUACUAGUAUGAAUAUCUUGGAAGAUUUUGUAAUAAUACAACAUAAUGAAGUAAUUCCUUUUGAAAGAACCGAAGAACAGAAAUCAAAGAGACUUUCAAAACCACACAGACCAGUACCGCCUGUACCUGCACCAGGUAGUACUCCGCUGCAGAAGAAUGCAACAGAGAGCAAACAAAUUUCAAACAAUACCAAGCAGAUCAGUGUUACUGAUAAUGAUAAUUUAGAAAUCAAACAGAAAAGGGCAGAUCAAAGACAGAAUGUUAUAUCGGAAUUAGUUCUCACUGAAAAAGAAUAUGUUCGCGACUUAAAGUUAACAUAUGAAACGUUUAACUUACAUAAUCCAAGUCAACUUGAAUCUUUGGGAAUAGAUGUGACCACCUUGUUUGGAAAUCUUUUUGACGUUAUUCAAGUUGCAGAAGAAUUGUUAGAUAUGAUACUAAAAGCAAUGAAAGGGUGUGACGAAGAAUUGCAAACUGUUGGCCCUUGCUUCACAAGAAUGGCUGAAAAACUAAAAAGCGUUUAUGUAAAAUAUUGUGGAAAUCAUGAAGCUGCAUUAGUUUUGUUAACGAAGUAUGAAAAUAAUGAAGAAAUAAUGAAGGUAUUCAACAAAGGGAUCGAAACAUUACGAUAUCAAGUAGCUUGUUUUGAUAUGAGUUCUGUCCUUAUAAAGCCAGUACAGCGAAUAUUAAAAUAUCCUCUUAUUUUAUAUGAGUUAGUGAAGUGUACCGAUGACAACCAUCCAGAUAAAGAUGCAGUUGAAAAAGCAUGGAAGACUAUGACUGCUGUUGCCAGUCAUAUUAACGAAUAUAAACGACGAAAAGAUUUAGUAUCGAAAUAUUUGGGUAAUGACAAUACACUGAUAAGAAAAAUGGCUAAGCUUAACAUGCAUUCUGUGGCAAAAAUGUCUACCAGAUUAAGUACACGAUUUUCUGCUAGCUUAGGAUUGACAAAUGUUGUUAUUGAUCCAGAGUUUGAAGAACUUGUAAAACAAUUUAGAUCUGUCGAAAAAUGUACCUUGCAAUUAGCUAAAGAUGUUGAACAGUGCCUUACACAUUUAAGUGACGAAGCUAUUUCUGGAGAAGUGAUAUCAGAUUUCUUGAUUCAGUACUAUCAAGGAACACCUAAUAUUGAAGCAAAAAAACUUAGAGAUAUAAGAUCUACAAUUUGGUCGCAAUAUGUACAAGAAUUGAAAAUAUGUUUGAAAAAUAGAGUCAGUACGCCAAUAAAUUGUUUAAUGACUUUAUUAGAAGGACCUGCUGUGUUAAUAACAAAAACACAUGACAAAUUACUUGAUUAUGAUGCUGCUAUUUCCAAGAGUGAAAAAUAUAAGGAAUCAAGAAUUAUACAGGAUGAAUUAUCAACAGCAAAGGGUAAUUACGAAGCUUUAACACAUCAACUACUGGAAGAAUUACCAAUUGUGAUUGAUGCAGGGACAAAAAUAUUAGUGGAUUGUAUUAACGUUUUUGCACAUGCUAGAAAACUUCUAUGUGGAAAAAUUACUAAAAGAUAUUUGACUUUUUGCGAGACUUCAACACAACUAUCACCUCGGGAUAUUUUGGAAUCAUUUUUAGUUAAUCAUAAUUUAUUAUGGAAUCAAAUAACUCGUUUUGCAUUUGCUGGAUCAAACUCACGGAUAGAAGAACAAUCUAUGUGGUGUCCACAAAGCGAAAAACAAAGAAUUACAUUGAGAAAUAAAUACUCGAGUGAUAAAUUAUACAUUGUCACAGAAAAUAUAGCAAGUACUUCAUCUUUGGAUAUAGGUGCAGCAUGUGGAACAUUAGUUGCAGUGAUUAAAAAACAAGAUCCUAUGGGCGAUGCUUCCAGAUGGUUUGUAGACAAUGGCGUUGCUCAAGGAUUUUUACCUGCAAAAAGUUUACAAAUUCAACAAGUACCACAAGUUGAGUCACCCAAUGAAGUUACUUAUUCAGAUGGACGUAGUAACACUUCUAUGUCUGAUCUAAUUUGUAUGGAUUCUCCUGAAAAAGAAGUUAAAACUACAUCUCAGUCACAUUUGGAAGAGUUGUUAGAUAUUAACAUUAAUAAAGAAAUUAAAAAUGAGAAUCAUUAUUACGGUAACAUUGAACAAACCCCUAAAGUUCAGCAAUAUCAGAAUUUAACCUUUGAGUUUUACUAUGCAGAAUAUGAUUUCUCUACAAAGAUACCCGGAACGUUGUCUAUUGUUAAAGGACAAGCAUUAAGACUUGUUAGGCCUCACGAUGAAAAGGGAAAUGAUGAAUGGUGGCUUAUGGAGGAUCGUUACGGUAACAAAGGAUAUGUACCUAAAAAUUAUUUAUGUGAACCGCCGAUGGGAAAACAGUGAACUCGCAGAGGAAAUAUCAGUUUAUAUGUUCACGUAUUAAAUUAUUGAUACUACUGUUCCAAUGCACAUAGCUUUUAUUGUUAAAGUUUUAAUUAAUUCGUUGAAUGAGGGUUAUUUUAAACAUUAGCUCUUGCUUGAAAUAUUAUUUUCAAUUUAUAUAUAUUUUAUCUAUAUUUUAAUUUCAUAGAAAAGUAUUAAAACAUUACUUGCUUAUUAUAAUGGUACUUAUAUGUUUCUUACAUGUUUUACGCUUAAAUGUACUUUUUCAGUAUUUAUUUGUACAUACAUGUGUGUGUGUGUGUGUGCAUGUGCGCGCUUAUAUGCGAGUGAGAAAUUAAAAGAUGUAUAUUAUAACUUUAUUUAUAAUAAUAAUAUAUUAUUCCUGUGAUACUUUAAAUCCGUGUCACUUUAAAUAAUCUUAAAA